AUGCCUCCCAAGAAGGACAAGAAGUCCAAGAAAGCCGGGGCUGCAGAGACAAGCUACAGCCUGCCGGCAUUCUACAAUCCGAAUGCUGCGUGGCAUGCCGAGGUCGAGGAGUCCAUGGACGUGCUCCGCGGGGCAUUCGGCGUCGACUUGAAGCAGCGGCCGGCGCUCUCCGAGGAAGACGGCUUCGCGGCACCCCUGGACCUCGGGCUGGCGAAGACCAGGCUGGCGGAUGGGGCUUGGACUGGGCAAGUCUUGGCAUCUGGAGGCGUGAACGUCUUGUGGGACUCGCCCUUGACCACGAUGACGGGAACAGUGGCCGUCAAUAAGAUGGCGCUGGAGCGCUGGAUGAAGAACCAGUGGAGCUCUGGACCACGCCCGCUUCGGGAUCCUGUGGACUUCAGGAUUGUGAGCGGCGGGGCUUUGGAAAGGGUGAGCCCUGAAGAGCCGGUACAGGCACUGGUGGUGACCGUGGCGCGGAGAGUGAGAGCCGGCGCGAGCCAGGAUGAGCUCCAGCUUUGGCUCAAGGUCAUGUUCUCUGCCUCAGGCAGGAUCGUCAAGGCGGAGUCCUCCAUCGACGCCUAUUUUUGGGGCGUGAACUUCAGGCGCGGAGUGAAGGACGAGUCCAAGGCAGUGUGUCAUCUAGCCAGCCAAGUCGCGGCGGACGUCUGGCUCUUCAAGAAAAGGUUGGAGGCGCAGCAUGCGCGCAGCUUCACUUAUGAAGAGAUCGCGGACUUCUAUGCCCAACACAUGAGCGGAGUCGAAGACGACGACGAGCCGCGCUCCGAUCCAAAGCUCAUUGAAAAGGCAGUGACCGUCUACGAACAUGUCCUCGUCCUCCCGGAAGUGCGCGCAAUCAUUCAACGCAUGGACGAAUACUACAACGACAGAUCCCCCUUCAAUGCGAUAAACAACCUCCUGGAGGUGCACUACAAAUGCAAAACUCCCCAGAGGGUACUGUGGAUCUUCCAAAGCAUCGAGACGGUGAUGGCCAUGGAGACCUUGGAGCCUUCAGAGCUUGCACGGAAGCCGCUGCUGAAGCCGGGGUCGGGCAAGAUCAGUCUGCUGGAAGUGUUUCUGUGCAAAAAAGGCAUGAAGGAGUUUUUCGUGGGCAGAUUCCUUGACACCCGGUCUGUGGAUGCCGACUACAAGGCGAAGCUGCGCGAGAUCUUCCAAAAUCCGACCGUCUACAGAGACAGCUUUCUGAUCAAGGACCGCUCGCAGCUGUCCUCAUGGCCCACUGCGGUGAGUCACAUCGUGGAGCUCAUUGAAGGUGCCUGCUUCAACUUCGAUCAUGGCGAUGCGAACAUCAUGAAGACGGGGAUCAAGCAGGGCAAGACCCCCCAAGAGAUCGCGGAGGAAUACAAUCCGUGGCAGAAACUGAUCGCAGAGAUCGACAAGGAGCUGGCGGCACCUGGCGCAGCCUCGACGGCUCUUGGUGAUGCAGGCCAGGUCAUCGCUGCAGAGCCCAAGGCAGCUGCCGCGGAUGCAACAAGCAUUGUGCCGAAGCUUAUCUCGGUGAAUGAGACCGGCGUGGACUUAGCUACCGUAGACGAAGGCUGGAUGGCCUACGUCGACCGGGCCCUGGCCAAGUCCUUGGUCCUAGUGACCGAGAAGGGCCUGAGCCAAAGCCAGCUGAGGAGUGCGUUGGAGGCGCACUCCUUGGCAACGUGCAAGGGCACCGACAGCGGCACCGUGCUGGUAUAUUUCGACAGCAACACCUACGGUGAAUCCAUCACUGCGCCGCAUCUGCGUAUGCCUCCUCUCCAAGAGAGUACCGUGAAAAAGCUCUACUCGGCAGUGAAGAAUCUCCGCGAAGACAAAGACACUCAGGGCAUCCUCCCACCAGGGGACUGCCUGGUCAUACUGGACGGGGGGAGACGACGCUCCACCUCGCUCUUGAAUCUCUUCCAGAUGGGGGCUGAUCGGGUGAGGCUAGACAAAUCGCGAAAGCACAAAGAUGGCAAAGUGGUGGCUCGGGAGCUCAUUGUACAUUUUACGGAGGCCUCAGCUCUUGCCAGACGCUUCCGGCAGAAGCUGAAAACCGACACGGUCUCUUGUGCGCAGAAGGCUUUCAUCUUCCACAGCGGCUUGACCAAGCUGGCGAAGCGGCCGCACAAGCACUUCCAGGGCAUGACCAAUCUCGCAUCCACGCUAGGCCCCUUCUCGUGGCCUGCAGUCAGCAGCCUUCCGAUGCUGUCGGUGGCCGACAAGCGGACGUUCUGGGAAGCACGGCGCAGAGCCGUGGGAGGCCCUACAGUUGAGAGCGGCGCCGGCUCGCUGUCAUCCUCCGACGCCGAGGCCUCCGAUGCCUCUGAGCCAGAGCCCGAUGUCAGCGGUGCUGGGAGCUCCGGUGAUGCCGCUGUCGCUGUGAGCGCUGAAGCGGCAGAGGCGGCUGAUGAUUUGGUGGAGGUGCCGGCCGUGGGCCAGGGGAGAGGCAGUGGGAAGACCAUGGCGGACACGGUGAUGCAGCCGAUUUGUUGGCACCAGCCGCCCAGAUUGGUGGCAGACUCGUUGUGUCACAUGUGUUGGGCCAAAGUCGUCAUCGACUUGACCCCCGCCACGGGGGACCUGGCCAUUGACUCCGUGCUGGAAGGGCGUGGCUACGUCGGAGUGUGCCACUCUGAUUUUCAACGUGAGCUCAUUGCCACGCGGGUGAAGAAAGCCUUCAUCGACAAGAUGAGCGAUCCGAACAGCAAGGUCUAUUCCGUCGCCUAUGCCAACGAGUAUGGUACCACCGAGGCCACGACCGCGCCGAACAAGAAGCUCAAGCCGGAGGCACCGAAGAAGGAUCCAGCCGCGAAGACCAAGCCGAAGCCUGGACCCAAGAAGGGUGGUGAAGACGGCCAGCCGACGCCGGUCCCGAAAACCGGAACCUCUGAUUUGGGUGACAAGCUCCAGGCUAUGCUGGCAGCUGCAAAGCUCAAGAAAGGCUGA